AUGGAGGCACCUCGUAGCCUCGGCAGCAUCCUGCUUGUCGCCAGCACCAUCUUUGCCAAUCCGGCAACCGCCAACUCGGUUGAUACGUACGACUAUGUGGUCGUCGGCUCCGGUCCCGGAGGCGGUCCCUUGGCCGCCAAUCUCGCCCGAGCUGGCUUUAAGACACUGUUGCUUGAGGCUGGCGACGACGACAGUGCUUCAGAGGUCACUAACGCCAUUGCAUUGACGAACACUGCGGACACCACUGCCAUGACGUGGACCUACUGGCAACUGCGCCCUCCGGGAGCAGAGAUUGUCGGCAUCCAGUACCCCCGUGGCGCCACACUAGGAGGAUCAUCUAUUGUCAACUCUGCCUUGACUGUACAACCAGCCAACAGCGACUGGGAUUAUAUCAAGGAUCUCACAGGCGAUGACUCGUGGGGCGCCGCUCAUAUGGGAGACUUGUUCAUCAAGCUGGAAAGGAACCAAUACCUCCCUCGUGGUACCCCGGGCCACGGCUUCGAUGGCUACCUUGAAACAAUCCUGGGCAACGGGACCGUUUUUCUUUCUUCGCCGCAGGCGAAUGCGGUCCUAAAAGCCAUGGCCGCAGAAGCAGGGCAGAAUCCCGAAGACCUGAAGAACAUCCUGAACACCGACCCCAACCAAACCCUGAACCCUGACCGGGACCAGAUCACAGGUCUUCUGGGAAACCCGCAGCAUGCCAAUGCUACCUGGGCGCGCUACAGCUCGAGGAACCGAGUGCUGGAUACCGUGCGCGCCGUCAACAAGCACGGAAAGAAGCGGUUUCCUCUGGAAGUUCGUCUCAACUCUUAUGCGACCAAGGUACUCUUCAACAAGGCCCGAGGACACUCGCUGCCUCGUGCCGUAGGUGUCGAGUACCUCGACGGCAAGAGCGCCUUUCAGGGUGACCUCCGGUACGAUUCCAGGGUCAAGAAGACGUUGCGCCAGGUCUUUGCUCGCAAGGAGGUGAUCCUCUGUGGCGGCUCAUUCGGAUCGCCUCAACUGUUGCUCCUCAGCGGCGUUGGACCAGCUGCCGACCUCAAGGCCCUGAACAUCCCAGUCGUCGCCGAUCGACCUGGCGUCGGUCGCAACAUGCAAGACCACAACGAGAUUGCCCUCAUUGGUCACGGUACCCAGGCGUUCAACUAUGACGCCGCUCCCGGCGGCCCUCGAUCUCAGUGCACCUUUGGAGCUCCUGGCGACCGCUGUCUUGAGCUUUAUCACCAGGGCCAGGGACCGUAUGUCCAGCCCACCCUGACUCAAUUGGCUUUUCUCAAGACCAACCACACCAUCAACGACGAACGCGACAUUGCCAUCUUCCCCGGAUCCUUUGGGUUCCGUGGCUUCUGGCCUAGGAACACGGGACAGAAGUGGGACGACCCUCCGAUGACCUGGGGCAUGCACAGCGUCCACAUCCACGGCAACAGCACGGCUGGAUACCUCAAGUUGCGCUCGGCCGACCCGACGGUGACGCCUGAGAUCAACUUCCGACACUUCAAUGGUACAGGCGCCGCCAACGACAUCGCCGCCAUCAAGGAGUUCCUUGCUUGGGGUCGCCGUGCUUUCAAUCGUGUGCAGGCGCCAUUUGCUCCGUACAAUAUCACCUGGCCUCCUUGUUCAGGCACUAUUGGUGCCGAUGGAAGCUGCUCCGUGGCUAAUAGCGACGAAGACUUCAUUCGUGAGAAUAUUUUUGGUCACCACGUGAUCGGUACCUGCUCCAUCGGCCCCAAGUCUAACAAGAAUGCCGUCCUGGACUCCAAGUUCCGUGUCCGUGGUGUGUCCAGUCUGCGGGUUGUCGAUGCCAGUGCGUUUCCGAGGUCUCCUGGAGCGUUCCCGGUCCUUGGAAUCUACAUGUUGAGUGAGAAGGCAUCGGAGGAUAUUAUUGGGGGUCGUUGA